UAGUUUCUGACUGGUUGCUCUUUGAACUUUGCAGAUACUCCCAUGAGUCCGCCCGCUGUGGCAACAUCUUCUCGCUCGGACAAGGGGAAGUCCUCACGAAUGGAUGAGUCGUUGGUGGCCAGCUUGGCUGAGGGUGUGCCAUCUUCUACGAUUGUCGACGAGGAUGCUGACAGGAUUGUGCGUUCUAUUCAGGAUUUGUUCUCUUCCUGGGGGCAGGUCCAAAUGCCUCGCCCUGCUCCAUCUGAUCGUCCUGCUGCUUCUUCAGAAGAGGACUUGAAGUUCUUGAAGGAGCUGGUAUUUGAGUACGUGUCCUUCAUGGACAUGGACAUUGGAAGGGCUAGUGCUGCCAGACACAAGGAUGAACUUGAGCGCUUGAGUGCGAAGUUAGAGCAAGCACUGACGCUUCCGUCGCUCAAUCUUUCUGCCGACUUUAAAGCGACGUUGAAGGUCAUUCACUCCGAGGUCCUUACUAUGCUGGCCAAGAACGCUGAACUAAAGGCCAAGCGUACUCAAUAUCUUUGAGCCGUAGCUGAGAAAGAGACUCUGCGCUUGGAGAUCAACAAGGCUAAGGACGAGUUGAAAGAAAUUUCUUCCGAAGUCAUGAUUGAAGACUCCUUGAUGGUUAACUUGGCUGCUCAGAUGAGGGAACUUCAAGCCAAAAUGGACGAUUGCAGGGCGAGGAUGGCCGCUAAAAAGCGCAACGCCUCUCAGGGAAUUGAGCGAACUAAAUCCUUGGUCGAACAGUACAAGAAGCUGGAGGUUGAUGAUGAUAACGUUGCGGCUGAAUUGAACAUCACUACCUCCCGACAGAACGAGGAUUGGGAAAAACUUAGGGACCGAAUUCGUUCCUUAUGGGGUAGAAUGUAAUUAAGACACACGAUGUCUUUUUCUUUUUUGUAAUUUUGUUCCUUAUUAAUGAACAUUAAUUUCUUGUGCAUUUAUUUGAUGUUUAUUUUCUAAUCAUCAAUUCUUUAAGCGUUUAACUGCUUUGCAUUAAGAAUUUUGU